ACCUGUCAGGGUCACGUGACGUGGUAUUAGCUCGCUGACUCUGCUAUGUUUUUCGUUUGUUUCACUAUUUCAGAAAUGCGACGUUUCGUGCUUUUAUCGGUGUGUUGUCGUCGAGGGACACCCCGCGGCUGCUCCAAGACCCGUUUUCAACGACCUCCGUCGAGCACUUUCGCCCUAAAAACUGCAGCCGUUGGCCUGCACGUCACGUGACCAGCAUGCGACGGAGCGUUUGAUAAAAAGAUGGCGUGAACUCGAGCAGAGAGGACAAAUAAACACCGAGCUGAGCAGAGCUGCUGACCGUGAGCACCAGCUCCCAUAAAAAAAUGGAUCCUGGACAGGAUUUGCUACUUGCGGCUUUAAGUGAGAGUGGAAUUUGCCCAAAUGAUAUUGGGCUAUUAGAUGUGGAAUCCCAGGAUGUUACACAGCCCUCUACAACCCAGCAAUCCAUUUCCAUCAGUGCCCUGGAUGUUGGUGUGGGAGCAGAAUCAGUGGAGGCUGUUCGACCUGAGCCUCACUCUACAGUCCCACUUGUUACAAUCAGACACAAACCUCAGCCAUCCACAACCACAUUUGUUCUUAAUCAACUGAAUCAGUUGCCAUCGCUUGGGUCUGCUGCGACCAAACAGUCAGUCAUCAACCCAAUCAAACAUACCAUAACAGUCACCAAGGUGGUCCAUGUUGCCAAUUCAGGAGUGCGCGCUUCAGCGACGCCCUCGCCCACCUGCGUUCCCCCUUCAGUGCCUUCUAACAAAGAUCAGCAGGUGCAGCUGAAAGACCUCCUUCGGCCCAACAAUGUGAAAACCACAGUUUUAAAGGGCAACAGUCUGAUGGAGUUGAUGAAGCUCAAACCUCCACCUGACAUUGCUCCACCCGUAGCAACAGCUACAGCCACAUGUCCAGGUGAUAUUAACAAUGGGAUCAAGAAAGAAGUGUUGGGUAAAGAUGGUGCCAGGAUGUGGAUCAAAGACGACAUUAAGAUUCAAAACUUUUCGAAUACUCUGAAAGCUGCUGGUCUAAAAGAAGAGGAGGAACAUGAGGAGGAAGAGGAAGAAGAGCUGGGGCAUGCAGAGACUUAUGCAGAGUACAUGCCAAUGAAAUUAAAGAUUGGCCUGAGACAUCCUGAUCCUGUGGUAGAGACCAGCUCUCUCUCCAGCGUGAGUCCUCCAGAGGUGUGGUACAGACUGUCCAUCCCAGAGGAAGUCAUUGAUCGUGGCUGCUUGUCAGCACUGCAGUUGGAAGCUAUCACAUACGCUGCUCAGCAACACGAGACAUUCCUACCUAACUGUGACCGAGCCGCCUAUUUGAUUGGAGAUGGAGCUGGUGUGGGGAAAGGCCGGACCAUUGCAGGGAUCAUCUAUGAGAACUACCUUCUAGGCAGAAAGAGGUCACUCUGGUUUAGUGUCUCUAAUGAUUUGAAGUACGACGCUGAAAGAGAUUUGAGGGAUAUUGGUGCCAAGAACAUCCAGGUUCACUCCCUGAACAAGUUUAAAUACGGCAAAAUAUCCUCAAAACACAAUGGGAGUGUGAAGAAAGGGGUGAUCUUUGCCACCUACUCGUCCUUGAUAGGAGAGAGCCAGUCUGGGGGGAAGUACAAAACCAGAUUUCAACAACUUCUUCACUGGUGUGGGGAAGACUUUGAUGGAGUUAUCGUCUUUGAUGAGUGUCACAAAGCUAAGAACGUUUGUCCCAUUGGCUCUUCCAAACCAACAAAGACCGGCCUUGCCGUUUUGGAGCUGCAGAACAAACUCCCCAAAGCUCGGGUCGUGUAUGCCAGCGCUACCGGAGCCUCUGAACCACGGAACAUGGCCUACAUGAAUCGUCUGGGAAUAUGGGGUCAUAAAACGCCGUUUCGAGAGUUUGGCAACUUCAUUCAAGCGGUUGAACGCAGAGGGGUCGGCGCCAUGGAAAUAGUGGCUAUGGACAUGAAACUCCGAGGGAUGUACAUAGCCAGGCAGCUGAGUUUUACUGGCGUGACUUUCAAGAUCGAAGAGGUGUCGCUGACUCAGAAAUACAUCCACAUGUACAACAAGUCUGUGAGGCUGUGGGUCAGCGCCCGCGAGAAGUUCCAGCAGGCCGCCAACCUCAUGGAGGCAGAGCAGCGCAUGAAGAAGUCCAUGUGGGGUCAGUUCUGGUCCGCCCAUCAGAGGUUUUUCAAAUAUCUCUGCAUCGCCUCCAAAGUCCGCCGAGUGGUCCAGUUAGCCAGAGAGGAGGUUCAGAAUGGAAAGUGUGUGGUGAUCGGCCUUCAGUCCACCGGUGAGGCGAGAACGUUGGAGGCCUUGGAGGAAGGAGGCGGAGAGCUCAAUGACUUUGUGUCGACAGCAAAAGGCGUGCUGCAGUCCCUCAUUGAGAAGCAUUUUCCAGCUCCAGACAGACAGAAGCUUUACAGCCUGCUUGGCAUUGACCUCUCUGCAAAGAAGACUCCCUCUCCUACUGACAACGCAGCAGAGCCUGAACACAAGGGAAAGAAGAGGAAAGGCUCAGAGGCCAAAAGACCGCCUAAAAAGAAGCCCCGCAAGCAUGGCGGUCUGUCGGGUACGAGUUCAGAGGAGAGCCAGUCUGAGGAAUCGGACAAGGAGUCUGGGAAAGACAGCGACGACAGCUUCAAAUCUGUCAGCUCAGCAGAUGAAGAUGAUGAUUUCAAUCCGUUCAGAGAUGAGUCUGAUGAAGAUGACGAAGAUGAUCCUUGGCUGAUCAGGAAGGAGCCAAAGAAAGGGAAGGAGAAGAAAAAGAAAAGGAGGAAGAGCAUUGAUCCAGACUCCAUUCAAAGUGCCUUGUUAGCCUCGGGGCUGGGCUCCACCAGGCCUGGUUUUACCGCCUCGGUUAACCCCCCCGUCACGCCUGCCCCCGUCAAGACAGAGAGCCAGGAAAGCUGUCUAACAAGUCAGGACUCGGUGGAGCUCGCCCAGAAGAUGAAGAAACAGCUCCUGGAACAACUAGAGGGCUUGGCUGAAGAUCUACCUCCCAACACCCUGGAUGAGCUCAUAGAUGAGCUGGGAGGGCCAGAAAACGUGGCUGAGAUGACCGGUCGUAAAGGCCGCGUGGUCAGUAAUGAUGACGGCAGCAUCACAUAUGAGUCUCGCUCUGAGCUGGACGUCCCUGUGGAAAUCCUUAAUCUCACAGAGAAACAGAGGUUCAUGGAUGGAGAAAAGAACAUAGCCAUCAUCUCAGAGGCUGCCAGCUCGGGUAUUUCCCUGCAAGCUGAUCGGCGGGUGAGGAACCAGAGGAGGAGAGUCCACAUGACGCUGGAGCUGCCAUGGAGUGCAGACAGAGCUAUACAGCAGUUUGGGCGAACACACAGGUCAAACCAGGUCACAGCUCCAGAGUACGUCUUUCUCAUAUCUGAGCUUGCUGGAGAGCAGAGGUUUGCAUCCAUCGUUGCCAAAAGACUCGAGAGCCUGGGGGCCCUCACACACGGAGACAGACGGGCCACGGAAACUCGAGACCUAAGCAGGUUUAAUUUUGACAACAAGUAUGGAAGAAACGCCCUGGAAAUAGUGAUGAAGUCGAUUGUAAAGCUGGAUUCUCCGUUGGUGCCGCCGCCCUCAGACUUCAAAGGGGAUUUCUUUAGAGAAAUUCAGAGUGGGUUGAUAGGUGUGGGUCUCAUAAAUGUGGAGGACAGAUCUGGAGUGCUUACUCUGGACAAAGACUACAACAACAUCGGAAAAUUCCUGAACCGCAUAUUGGGCAUGGAGGUCCAGCAGCAAAACGCCUUGUUCCAGUAUUUCUCUGAUACACUGACGGCCGUGAUUCAGGAAGCCAAGAAGAACGGCAGAUAUGACAUGGGCAUUCUGGAUCUCGGCUCUGGUGACGAGAAGGUGAAGAAGGUGGACUGCAGAAAGUUUUUGACGCCAGGCUACACUACGUCAGGACACGUUGAACUCCACACUGUCGGCGUGGAGAGAGGAAUGUCUUGGGAAGAAGCGACACAUGCCUGGGCAGAGCAGAACGGACCGGACGACGGCUUCUAUGUCCAGAUGCGGAAUAACAGGAAGACGGCCAUACUGGUGAAAGAAGUGAACAGUAAGAAGAGGCUGUUCCUGGUGUACAGGCCAAACACGGGCAGACAGGUCAAACUGGAAACGUAUGCCGACAUCAAAAAGAAGUUUAAAAAGGUGCUGUCAGAAGAUGCCAAGCAGCACUGGACCGACCAGUACCAGUCAUCAGCCAAAAUCUGCUCUCACGCAUACUGGCGCGGCAACUGCAAGAAAGCCUCAGUGGGUCUGCUGUGUGAAGUGGGGCUGCGCUGCAGGACCUACUACGUCCUGUGUGGCUCUGUGCUCAGCGUGUGGAACGAACUGGAAGAAGUGCUUUCUCCGGUCAGCGGCAGCAACGUCAAGGUGCAGAUUGUCCGUCUGCGGACAGAAGACGGACAGAGGAUAGUCGGGUUGAUCAUUCCAGCAAACUGCGUGUCCCCGCUGAUCAACAAGCUGUCAACAUCAGACCAGAGCCAGCAGCUGGCCGUUCAGGAGCAGCAGAAGAGGCAGCUGCUCCACCCUCAAAGUCUUACUCAUGUCUUCAACACAUAGUGCGCUGGUCUGAGUCCAGACUCCACCCCCCCUCGACUCCACGGCCCGCUCUGGAGGCGUCUGGCUCCGACAGCGCGUCGGUGCGCUGCAUGCUUCAGGGCCGCCGUUCCUCACCCUCCACCAUUGUCCCCCGAGGGCCCGACGUUUGGUGGCAAGCUGCGCUGACUGUUGGCUAGAAGUAGACGGUAGUCCUGUUGUCGGUACUGCUGUGUUCACGGUCGGAGGGAGCUCUGUGAUGCAGUCGAGACGCGGGUUUAUACCGCGAGGGCACUUUGACGUGAGCGCUCCUCUUCCUGUCGAGUUUUCAAGCCUGUUUUUGUUCGGACCGGGCACGCAGCUAAAGAUUCCCGGGUCCAGGCUAGAGGUGAACGAAACGGAACCACUACAUCUGUGAAGCCGAGGGGGCUCAUCUGUACGGGCAUUCGACGCUCCGUUAUUAGCAGCUUGCUAUUUUGCGAAUCCCCUUAAAGUUGCAGGGGGAUAUUUUUAGCCGAUCGAUUCGGGUCCUCCUGCCGUCGGCCUCACCGUCACAAAGACCAAAACGGCUUCCUCAUUGCCAGAAUCAGCCUGCGUUCAACAGACCAAAUAGUUUAGCUCUUUUCCCGUUUAGCAGACGAGGCUCCGCUUCAGCAAACGUGCUCUUCAUUUUGUUUUAGUAUUUCUAACAAAACCCAUGUAGUGACACCCAGGCAUUUUAAAUUUACCCUCGCCUCUCAUUUUGUUGUUCUUCUCCUUUUUUAGUGAAGGACAGCUGAUCGGAGUUACUGAAACCAAACGUUCAGGGAGUUUUCAGUUGGAUUCAGUGGUUCUGGGUUUCAUUCCUCACUAUUAUAAGCAGUGUGACGAUGUGAAAUAAAGCCUCUGUUCUGUAUACGUACUCUAGCGUUAGGUGGUAUACAUGUAGCUCUUUUUUUUUUUUUUUAAAGAUAUUUCUUCCCCCGUGGGUUUUUUAUUUUACAGUAUUUACUGGUCAGCCACUGUUUGAGGCCCAGAAAAAAACAUCAGUCAAAACACUAGUUAAAGAAAAGCAACCAUUAAAGGCCGUUUAUGUUGCUUCUACUGCUCUAGCGAACGACCAUGCUGCUCUGCGCUGUAAAGCGAGGCUAAGGGAAAGACAGACGUGUCCCAGCCAAGGGGUUAAAUUUGUCUUUCUGCAGGUAAACAGCUCAGGGGGUCCACGUCUGAACAAACCCAGCUCACUGAGGGUUUGGUGUAUGUGAAAUGCCUGGCCACAGCUUUCAUUUACUGGAUUUAAAGCUUCCCUCUUCACUGUACAUACGUCAUACACCUCUGCACUUCCCAAGCCUGCAGCGGAGUCUUGCUCUGCGGAGGAACCUCUCCUGAACCUUUUUGGGCUCGGGUCCCAUUACAGACAAUCUGCGCGGACCAGAACGGACCACGGCCCGCGCGUCUGAUCUCUGCUGAGGGGGGAAAGAACGAAAAGCGGGAUGGUUUUGACCCUGGCCCGCUGGGUUAGAUAGUUCUGUUCACCUGGCCCGUGUCCUCUACCCACUGAUAAUCCAUUCAAGAACUGCUUUGUAUUAUUUGUACAGGCCGGAGUUGUUCAUGCAGCGCAUCUCUGGACAGCGUCAGGGAGCUUCUGCUUCUGUGUUUAAACUUGAAUGUGCACCUUGUAAAAGCCAACACCUCAUGUUUUGUCUCUUGGGGUGUCCUGUGCGUGUGUGUGUGUGUAUAUAAGAGGCUGCUGAGUAAUUUGUUGAAUGCCAUUGAGGGGGGGGGGGGAAGAAUGGCAAGUAGGUUCUUCUAAAGUUAACUCUUUUUCUUUUGUCCGUGUAAAUUGCACGAGUUGCACUACUGACAGACGUACAGAUUCAACAGUGCGUGUACAUGCAUCUUCAAUAAAGCUUGGUAUACUUCUA